CAGCAAACAGAGCUGGCGACCAGCUGGCUACAUGUCAUAGCUGCGAAUCUGUAGAUGUAUGGACAAUUUUUAAAAUGUGGGGAAUGGGGGAGACCCUUUGUUUGGUUCUGAAAAUGGGGCUGUUUCUGUUAAACGCUGUCGGAUCCGUCAGCUCGGUGUCAGCGGAAGGAGCAGGCACGGAGGGCAGACUCCGCUGCCUGGGUGUGAAUAAUCAGAGUUACUACUGCGACUCAGGCCACUGCUGCGGGGAAGCCGGCUGCUGCAGCUACUACUACGAGCUCUGGUGGUUCUGGCUGGUCUGGACCAUUAUCAUCAUCCUGAGCUGCUGCUGUGUGUGUCAUCAUCGUCGAACCAAACACCGCCUACAGCAGCAACAACGACAGCACGAGAUAAACCUCAUCGCUUACAGAGAGGCCCACAACUACACCUCACUUCCCUUCUACUUCAGGUUUCUUCCCAGCUACCUCUUACCAGCAUACGAGGAGGUGGAGAACAGGCCGGCGACGCCACCCCCUCCGUACAGCGCCUCACAGCCGGGACAGUCCCCCGGCGCUGGGCCCCUGAGUCCUGAACAGCGAGAUGAACUCUGCCCCUCCCUGCAGGUGUGCCCCUCAGACCCCGAGUGUGAGAGCAGCUCGUCAGGGCACUGUGUGGAGAGAUCUCAUUCCCCCUCCCCGCUCUGCCCGGGACAGGAUGCCUGCAAACCCUACGUGGAUAUAGAUGAGGCCAGGCAGUCUCAACACAUAGCAUCAGCCAUUGGGGUGUCGACCACGCCCAAACCAGCAAACUGCCGCAAGGAGUUUUCCCAGCUGGGGGAGCAGUGCCAAGACGGUUGUCUUGACCUCAAAGACAGGAUGCCCGGACGUCACCGGCGGUUUACGGGGGACUCGGGGAUCGAGGUGUGCGUGUGCAGCCGUGGGGCGGGAGAGGGCGAGGAAGAGGAGGAGAUGAAGGAGUUGGAAGGGCUCCUGGACAGGGAGGGCUUGGAGGUGCAGGACUUCUGUGACAGCUGUAACCCCCGUGGGGCUGAUUCUCACGGGAGCGAGGUGGAGGAGCGGGGCGUGGCCCCCCCUCCCGAGCGGGGACCCGAGCAGCCAGAGCCCCCCCUGGCCCAGCGCAUGCAGGUCUGCCUCCAUUUGCACACCAUUAAUGAACAGGAGGCCCAUCACCACGGCAACAGCACAGAGAACCAGAGCUGAGCACAAAUAAUCUGCAACAAAGAUUCAAACAUGGAGGAGUUUUGACAGCUAUCUCCUUUCCUUUUAUUGUACUGUCUGUCUGUGUGUGUAUAUGAGUGUGAGUGUGA